AUGGACCCAAAAGAAGUCAGAGAAAGAAGACGUGCCAAAGUCUUGGCUCGAGCUGGAGUCACCCCUGACCAAGUUGAAGUCCAAAAAGAGCAAGAAUUAUCGGUGAAGGAGAAACUGAUUAUUGCUGAAAGUUUGGAAGCUUAUCAAGUAUGAUUUAGGUAGAAAAAAACAUCGAAUUAUAAGAAUGCAAUUAUUAUCAUUUUGUCAAUCAUAUUGGGGUAUAUACCGGCUAUUGGAUAUCGAUAUAAUAUUGUGUCAUUUUUCUUAGCGGCACUUUUGCCUUAUAAAUUGAUUACAGUCAUAUCAUUUUAUUUGCUGACUCCAUUACCUCCAGUUCAUACCAUAGAAAAACUGUCCAAGCUUAUAGAAGUUUUGAUAGAAAUUAUAAGUGACGUCACAUUGUUUGUUUUUUCAUUUAUCUUGAGUACUGUUGCAUGGGUUCCGGUAUUAGAAUACAUAUAA